UCACAUUCUCUCUCUUUCUGAGUAGAUUCCUGAACACAAAAGCUAAGAAGCAAAGCAUCUUCUCUUCCCGUACCUAUACAUAACAUAACAUAACAAAUUCCCCUCCUUUGCUUUCCCUUGCAAGUUUCAAACUUUUUUUCCUUGCUUAACAAGAACAACACUUCAAACAAACAUUGCCACCUUUGUUUUGUUUUCACAUUUUUUAAUAAUCAAGUCUUAUAACUGUCGGUGUUUCUUUUAUGUGCAUAAAUCAACCCCAAAGUUUGGAAUAUCUACGUAAUCCAAAUAAUUAUGCUUAAUGCAGUCAAAAAAUGUGUCAAGAGUUUCAACUUUUUAGUCAUUGAAUGGCCCCCAAGUUUCAACUAGAUAACUCUUCCUUCUGUUUGUGAAAAUGCAUGAGAAACUCAUGAGAAACUCUCUCUCUCUUUCUCUCUCUCUCUCCCCAUUCUGUUGCUUCAUCAUUUCUUCAUGAUGUUUAUGGUGCAGAGUCCUCUGCUUUCCGUUUUGGGUUCUCUCUCCUUUUCUUAAAUUUUAGCAUGAGGGGCUAAAAAAUUGAACUUGAACCAUAAGUCCAUAACCCACUUCACAAGUUUAAAACUUUUUCACAUUUUUGUGUUCUUUGGUUUAUGAGAGUAAUCAAUUUGUUUGGUGUUUGUUCAGUUUGUUCAUUCAUUCUUUGAAGUUCAGCCCUUUUUUCUGCUUUGUAAACACUGUUUAACAUAUUGGAGGUGGAAAAACAGUGAGAAAUCUGAGAGUCACAAUAAGAAGAAGAAAGUAAAGUGACUCAAAAUGAGUUUUCUGACAGGAACUUCCAAAGGGUCAUGGCAGCCAAUAAUGACUGCAAAGACAAACACUCAGAGUUACUGGCUAAACUGGAGGGUCUUUCUUUGUACCAUAUGGAUCCUUGUUACCUUAAUCUUCUCAUCAUUUCUUAUUUGGAAGUAUGAGCAUGUGAGGAAAAAACCAGCAAGGAACAAUGGUGAUGGUGGCAAUGGUGAAAACCUUGAAGAAGAAGAAGAAGAAGAAAGAACUUCAGCAACUUUGUAUGAGGAUGAGACAUGGAGGCCUUGCCUUAAAGGGGUUCACCCUGCAUGGCUUCUGGCUUUUAGAGUUCUUGCAUUCAUUAUUCUUUUGGUGCUUCUGAUUGUAAAUGCUGCUGUGGAUGGAGGACGCAUUUUCUACUAUUACACUCAGUGGACUUUUACAUCAAUCACCAUUUAUUUUGGGCUUGGAUCUUUGCUUUCCAUUCAUGGAUGUUACCAGCAUCAUAAGAAAGCAACAGGUGAUAAGGUUGAUAAUGUGGAUGGAGAUGCAGAGCAAGGAUUCAAUGGUGACCCUGCACUUCCACAAAGUUCUAAUGCAUUCGACCAAGAUAAAAUCUUAGCAGCCCCGAAGGAACAUCUCGUUCGCCAACAUGCGGGAACUUGGGGUUAUAUCUUUCAAAUAAUAUUCCAGAUGAAUGCAGGUGCUGUAUUGCUCACUGAUUGUGUAUUUUGGUUCCUAAUUGUUCCAUUUCUAACGAUCAAAGAUUACAACAUAAAUUUUUUGAUAAUCAAUAUGCACACAAUCAAUGCUGUUUUCCUCAUAGGUGAUACUGCUUUGAAUUCCCUGCCGUUCCCUUGGUUUCGAAUCGGAUACUUUUGCCUGUGGACAGUAACAUAUGUGAUUUUCCAGUGGAUGGUUCAUGCUUGCAUCUAUCUCUGGUGGCCAUAUACAUUCCUUGACUUGUCAUCUCCAUAUGCUCCAUUAUGGUACUUUGCUGUGGCAUUGCUGCAUAUUCCUUGCUAUGGUGUAUUUGCUUUGAUAAUGAAGCUGAAACAUCAUGUGCUGUCAACGCGGUACCCUGAUAAAUAUCUAUGUUCUAGAUAGCUAGAAAGAUAAAGAUAGAUAACAUGACUUUGGCAUUAGGAUUAAGCAACCUUUGAUUUUCUGAAGAAUAUUACUUUUUUUUUUCCCAUAGGAAUAAGGAAGAGAAGGAAUGUACAACCAAAAAUAGUCACAAUGUAGUGUAUGAACUCAUAUUCAUAUAGUUAAAUAUAUCAGUCUUUCUUUUGUGUAA